AUGUUGACGAGUUUGUUCAAAGCACCAAAAUUUAUCACCACUACUAGAUCUAUUACUCAAUUAGUCAAGUAUCGUCCAUUUCAAUCCACUACAUUCACAAAAAUGCCAGCUCCUUUCCAAUACAAACAACCAGAACACAGAUUGACUUUGAUUCCAGGUCCAAUUGAAUUCAGCGACGAUGUGUUGGCAUCUAUGGCUGUGCCUUCACAAGCUCACACUUCACCCGACUUCAUCUACACUUUUCAAUACGUGCUUCAAAACUUGCGCAAGUUGUUCAAGUCUACAGAUGCAAACACCCAGGGUUAUGUGUUGAGUGGAUCGGGUACUUUGGGCUGGGACAUUGCUGCUACAAACAUUAUUGAACCAGGUGAAAAAGUUCUUGUUUUGUCAACGGGGUUCUUUUCCGACUCAUUUGCUGAAUGUUUGAAGGUUUACGGUGCAGAUGUCGAUGUAAUCACUGCUGAUAUUGGAGAUGUUGUUCCAUUGGACAAGGUCAAGGAACAAUUGCAAAAGGAAAAGUAUGCUGCUAUUACCAUAACCCACGUUGACACUUCAACUUCGGUUGUCAGUGAUGUCGAGGCAAUUAGCAAAGUUGUCAAGCAAGUGUCUCCAGAAACUUUAAUCAUUGUUGAUGGUGUUUGUUCAGUUGGUGUUGAAAAUAUUGAGUUUGACAAAUGGGGGUUGGACUUUGUCUUGACAGCUUCGCAAAAGGCCAUUGGAGUCCCAGCCGGUUUGGCAAUUUUUUACGCUAGUGAGCGUGCAUUGUCCAAAGCUUUGAAUAAGGAGAAGGACACAACUUUCUUUGCCAGCUUGAAAAGAUGGACACCCAUCAUGAAGGCUUACGAAGGUGGAUCUGGUGCAUACUUUGCCACACCUGCAGUUCAAACCAUCACCGCUUUAAAGACCUCAUUGGAGGAAAUCUUUGCAGAGGGCUUGGACAAGAGAUUUGCCACACAAGCUAAGAAAUCCGACGAGUUCAAGGCCAAGGUUAAGGAGUUGGGAUUGACCAUUUUGCCCAAGAACAAUAAUGUUGCCGCACAUGGAUUGACCGCUGUAUACUUUCCUGAGGAUAUCAAUGGACCUGAUUUGUUGAAGAAGUUGGGUGAGAAGGGCUACACUGUUGCCGGUGGUAUUCACAAGAAGUUGGUGGGUAAGUACUUCCGUGUUGGUCAUAUGGGUUAUUCAGUUUAUGCUGGUCAUAUCGAUAGUUUUGAAAAGGCUUUGGAAGAAAGCUUGAAAGAAUUGAAACAGUAA